AAUUAUGCAGCAUUUGUCACCGCAAUGGCCGAUUUCUUUGCUAAAUGUCAUGACUUGUUUUCAGUUAAAUUUUAUUGUGUUAGAGUUUCGUAGUUAUGGCAGCAUUCAGCCCUAAGCUCGUUCAACGUGUUGGUAUUUCACACAAAGCGUCCAACAUUAACGGCAUAUCUUGGUCCGAAGACAACAAGCUUGCAUUUGCAACGAAUUCUUCAGUUUCCAUCAUUAAUAUCAACGGUGUUUGUAUUGAUGACAAGAGGAAAGAACCAAGAUUAAAGUUUAAAAGAAGUUCGAUUCCUGUUGAUAGUAAUCUUCCAAACAACGAUGUAGAUUACGAGUUCUCAAUGGUAAAAUUGACUCCAAUGAGUAGCAAUCCAUUCUACUCUACAGCUGUCUUAGAUCCCGCACUUAAUCCAAAUAUAUUGAAGACUGCAGGUUUUGAUGAUGUAACUUGUAUAAAAUGGUCUCCAGUUGGCUGUGAUAGAACAGGAAGAUCUGUUCUUGCUGUACUUUUUCGAACAAAUAAACUUUCAUUGUACAUUGCAGACAAGCAAUCUCUCUAUGGAUGGUUUGAGGUUAUUGAUUUGAAUGCAAAACAUUUGCAAGAGAUGAAGAAUAAUGAUUUCUUUGUUGAAAAUGGAAGCUUAAAAGGAGAAUUGUGUCCUGAUGAAAGGAGAUCACUUGGUAAAAAGGAAAAUUGGAAGGAAUUCAAUGAAUGGCAAAGAAGAAAAUAUCUUAUAAACUUCACCAACAUGGAAUGGUUUCCAGCGACUUUCAGUUGUUUGCAUAAAGCAACCAACAUCUCGUACAAAUUUACAUUUCUUGCAACAAUUGUGAGAGGUUGUCAGUUGUUUGUAUGGCAAGCACAGUUGCCUCUUGUGAAGAAUCAUAGUCAUCUAUACAGAGCUGUUGCAGCCAAUACAUUACUGUUUAAUCCUUCUAUUCUUGCAUGGUAUGGUACGACAAAUACAAAUGUCUCAUAUUUGGCGUGUGGUAAUUCUGAUGGCAUCGUCAAAGUAUUUUUAUUGAAUAUUUCGUCAACGAAAAUUGGAAUUCCAGACAUCAAUAUUGUAAAAGCUUACAGUUUUUGUGACGUCGCCGAUGGCGUUUCAAUCGAUUGUAUGAAGUGGUAUCGCGAUGAUUCUAAAUUAUACCUGGCUUGCUCACAAGGUCCCCAUAUAUCCCUCUAUGGCAGUCAUAUUAUGAAGGAAGGAACGUUAUCAAAACCUGUAUUACAGGUUAUUACCGGUAUUCAUCUUUUAAAUGUUAGUGGUCUGGACAUAACGUCAACUGGAAUGCUUUACAGCGUGAGCUCAGAGGGAAGCGUUCAACAGUUCAAGAUCGGCAGCCGAAGACCAAGUCGUGAAGUAAAAUGUGAAAUUCUUUCUGGUCAUGGUUACAGUGGUGUGUCUGUUUCACCAAAUGGUGUUUUUAUGGCGUUAUUUGAAACAAAACGUAAAUUGUUUCAUUACACUAAAGGCGCAGUUUCAACUGAAGGCCAGUGUGUGAUACUUUCACUUGUUUCUAACGAGGAAAAUGAGCGUGAAUUAUUGACGGCUGCCAAUCACGUGCUCGACAUGGUAAAGAUAAGAAAUAGAUUUCUUCAUCGACAACUUUCCAUCAGUCACACUGACAGUUCUGAUCUACCAACAGAAUUCAACGGCUUAACCAAACCAUAUUUACAAUUUCUAUGGAAUAUGUUUACAUCUGAUCCCAAAUACAAAAGCGACCUAGCAUUGAACUCGUUCCAACUUGACUUAUGUGAAGAAGAUAAUGAUGAAGGACCGAUAAUGGUGAAGAACAUUGAAGAAGAAAUAGCAACUAUCGCCAUGCAGAACGCUCUCAGUUUUAUCUUGGAUUAUGAUAAGACAAACAGACGUCCUAACUAUGGGCCGAUAGCAGGAGACGUGACUGUCAAAACAUUAUGUUGUUGGAUCGCAAAAAGACAGCCUUCGACCUCCGUUAUUGACAUGCUCAAUGACGUAUGGCGGCGUUGUAACAAUCCUCUUGGGACACGUGAUGAUAUUGAUGGAUCUAAGGGUACAACAGAACAUGGUAGCAAAAUAUGUGAAGAGAUGCUUACUUGUGUCGUUAAUGAAAACUGUAUGUGUAGUGAAGAAAUACCAUUUACGCAUGUCCGAUAUGGACGAUGUCGUGCAGGUCACGUGUGGCCUCGAUGUUGCAUUACAUUCAAACUCCUUGAUGGAACAAAUGCCAGAGUAUGCGAGAACUGUAAUGCGCAUGCGUUAAAUAGACAUCCAAUAAACAGUCCGUAUGAAGAUUGGACGAAGCAUUUACUUGAUGUGACGUCGUCUUGUACAUUCUGUGGUGCUUGGUUUGAAGAGAUUUGAUGGAAAGAGGCUUUUAAGGGUUGUGUGCUGGGGCCUGGGACCGUGGGACUUUUCAUGAUUGGUGGGAUUUUUGUAUCAAGGUCAUACAAAGCUUUGGAUGUGCUGGGGCAUGUACUCCCCUGGAAAAUAUUGAAAUUUUAGGCUGAGACAAGGCUUUAAAUGAUUGCUUCUUUUAGUACGGAUUUCUCGUGAGGAAUGAUUAUUGAAUCGAUCUUUGACUUUAAGGAAGAAAAAAUUAUCUUGCAUUAAAAAUUAUUUAACCAAACAACAUUCUAAGAAACCUUAACAGUUUGCGCAUUUUUAUCCAAAUUCCAAGCAUGCUUUGAAAAGGUAUGACGCCUUUAUGUAAAUAUAGAACACAAUGUAAAUAUUUUCUCGUGAAAGGAAUGUAAAUAUUGAUAGAAAAUAUAAAAAUUUGGUAAAAAUGUUGAGCGGACUGCAAUGUUCAGAACAAAUAGACCAUCAACAGAAAAUUUUUGUUGAGACUAAAGUCCAACAACAUGCCACCUGCUUUGCUAUACUUGCUGCGAAUAAAUAUGUAAUUUAUGGUGUAACUCAUGACCCGUGAUGUAAACAAUAAAUAUGUUGCAUUUACUAAUUUAAUAAAUGCGCAGUUCGUGGAAAAUCGUAUUUGCGCAUCCACAUGCUCA